AUUUUCAUUCUCCGUCACCAUCCACAAAAAAGCCAUCGAUGUCAUCCGAAGACAUUGCAGAAGAGAUUCGCGACGUUUUUCCUGACACAGAGGAGGUUAUUGUUCAGUAUCUGUCUGGGUAUCUUGUUGAUGAUGCUGGAGAAGAGGAAGACGUUCUUCAGGUCGCGCGCACCAUUCUUGAAUCUCUUUCUGGCGGCGAGGAUGAUAAACUAGAGAAGCUCAUGGACCGGCUGGGUGAUCUCCUAGAAGACCAACUCAAUGCACGACUCAAGAAUAGGUCUGGGCCUAAGCUUCAGAAACUGGAUAAAGUGAUGGAUAUGAGCAAAGCCCAGAUGUCCAAUACUAUAGCAUUUUCUGAGGGGGUUGACUUAGAAUCUAUCAACAAGGGAAAGGCAUCUCGGGUCGAUGUUAAGAAACUUGAAAAGCAGGAAGCUAAACUUAAGGCCAAGAUUGAGAAGCGGGCAAGAAGGGAUCUAUAUGAAGGAUCUAAACUGUUGGAUGCUCAUCGGAAACAGCAAACAUACGAGGAGAUGUAUAUGAAGAUCAAUCCUUUGGAAGCCGUCAGCUCAAAGAACAAGAGUCGCGACAUCCAUCUCCCGUCAAUUGACGUCAAUUUUGGGUCAAAUCGUAUUCUCACUGGCGCAACUUUGACUUUGGCUCAUGGACGUCGGUAUGGUCUCAUUGGACGGAACGGUGUGGGUAAAUCAACAUUGCUACGACACAUUGCGAUGCGAGAGGUUCCCAUCCCGGCCCAUAUCAGUAUUCUGUUCGUGGAGCAAGAAAUCAUUGGGGAUGACACUGCCGCUAUCGAUUCGGUUCUGAAGGCAGAUGUCUGGCGAGAUCAUCUCUUGAAAGAAGAGGCUGCCUUGAACGCCAAAUUGACGGAACUCGAAGCGGAAGGCGAUGACAAGCGAUUCGAAGAUGCCCGAGAAGAAACAUCUUCACGACUGGCUGAUAUACACGCCAGAUUAUCUGACAUGGAUGCGGAAAGUGGUCCUGCUAGGGCAGCUUCUUUGUUAGCCGGCCUUGGAUUUGACGAAGCGGACCAGCAACGACCAACAAAAUCUUUCAGUGGCGGUUGGCGUAUGCGACUGGCGCUGGCGCGUGCACUUUUUGUCAAGCCUGCUUUGUUACUACUAGAUGAACCUUCAAAUCACAUUGAUUUGAAUGCCCUCGCUUGGCUCGAAGAUUACUUGCAGACAUGGCAGGGAACACUGCUUGUCGUUUCUCAUGAUCGCGCGUUCUUGGAUGCAAUCGCCACGGACAUUGUUCAUCAGCACUCAGGCCGCUUGGAUUACUACAAAGGAAACUUUACGCAAUUUUAUUCCACAAAGUCGGAGCGUGAUCAAAACCUUCGUAAGGAGUACGACGCACAGAUGGAAUACCGGAAACAUCUUCAAGCCUUCAUCGAUAGGUGGAGAUAUAAUGCCAAUCGUGCUGCACAGGCGCAAUCCAGGAUCAAGAUUUUGGAAAAGCUGCCUGAACUUGAACCUCCAGAGGCCGACGAGACCGAGAGUUUCAAGUUCCCCGAGACCGAUAAGAUCUCACCGCCUGUUCUUCAAAUGAAUGAGGUCACAUUUGGCUACUCUCCUGACAAGAUCAUCCUCAAGGGGGUCAAUAUUGAUGUUGGGCUAGACUCCCGGAUUGCCAUCGUUGGAGCAAAUGGUAGUGGAAAGUCAACACUCAUCAAAGUCUUGACAGGUGAAUUGCGGCCCUUCUCUGGUCAUGUCACACAGAAUGGGAGGCUACGAAUCGGUUACUUCGCACAGCACCACGUCGAUUCUCUCGAUCCGGCGAUGUCGCCUGUUCAAUUCCUUGCAUCGAAGUUCCCGGGUAAAACGGAGCAAGAGUAUCGGCAGCAUCUAGGCAACUUCCAGAUAAGUGGGAUGACAGGGUUGCAGCUCAUCGGAACACUCAGUGGGGGUCAAAAAUCGCGUGUGGCCUUUGCAGUGCUGUCUCUUCAGCGACCGCACGUACUGCUAUUGGAUGAACCUACUAACCACUUGGAUAUCGAGGGCCUUGACGCUCUUAUGACUGCCCUGGACUCGUGGAACGGAGGUGUUAUCAUUAUCUCCCACGACGAGCGAUUCAUCACAACAGUGGCGAAGGAGCUUUGGGUAUGCGGCGACGGAACAGUUACAAAGUUCAGGGGCGAUGUACAGAGCUACAAGCAAUUGAUUGUAAGCAAUAUCAAGAUGAAGCCGUAAUGGCCACUGUACUUGUAUACUACCCAUUCAAGCACACUGUCUUUUGUUAAUUGCGAGGCGCUGGGAGCACGAGCAUUAUUAGUACGGAUUCAACACUGGAAAGUUCGAACGGGAAAGCCACCAUCAUCAUACCCAACAUAUACUGUACCGGAACUAUUGGUAUUCAGUCUCUACAUACUCGCAAGAAAUCCGUGUGGG